GCGGUGCUUGCGCGUGUGAGGCGAGCCGGUGGGUGAGCCGCCGCAACGGCAUCCUGCGUUGUGGAGUUGCGGGGAAAGAUUAUCAUGGAUCUGCGGCAGUUUCUCAUGUGCCUGUCCCUGUGUACAGCCUUUGCCUUGAGCAAGCCCACAGAAAAGAAGGACCGUGUACAUCAUGAGCCUCAGCUCAGCGACAAAGAUCACAAUGAUGCUCAGAGUUUUGAUUAUGACCAUGAUGCCUUCUUGGGUGCUGAAGAAGCAAAGAGCUUUGAUCAGUUGACUCCAGAAGAGAGCAAGGAAAGGCUUGGAAUGAUUGUAGAUAAAAUAGACGCGGAUAAAGAUGGGUUUGUGACGGAGGGGGAGCUGAAAUCCUGGAUUAAGCACGCCCAGAAGAAAUACAUAUAUGACAAUGUUGAAAACCAAUGGCAGGAGUUUGAUAUGAAUCAAGACGGCUUAAUCUCCUGGGAUGAGUACAGAAACGUGACUUAUGGCACUUACCUGGAUGAUCCAGACCCUGAUGAUGGAUUUAAUUAUAAGCAGAUGAUGGUUAGAGAUGAGCGGAGAUUUAAGAUGGCAGACAAGGAUGGAGACCUCAUUGCCACAAAGGAGGAAUUCACGGCUUUCCUGCACCCUGAAGAGUACGAGUAUAUGAAAGACAUAGUAGUGCAGGAAACAAUGGAAGAUAUAGAUAAGAAUGCUGAUGGUUUCAUUGAUCUAGAAGAAUACAUUGGUGACAUGUACAGUCAUGAUGGAAAUGCUGAUGAACCAGAAUGGGUGAAGACAGAGCGAGAACAGUUUGUAGAGUUUCGAGAUAAGAACCGUGAUGGGAAGAUGGACAAGGAAGAGACGAAAGACUGGAUCCUCCCCUCAGACUAUGACCAUGCAGAGGCAGAAGCCAGGCACCUAGUCUAUGAAUCAGACCAAAACAAGGAUGGCAAGCUUACCAAGGAGGAGAUUGUUGACAAGUAUGAUUUAUUUGUGGGCAGUCAGGCCACAGAUUUUGGGGAAGCCUUAGUACGACAUGAUGAGUUCUGAGCUGGAGACAAGAACCUACAUUUCUUCAAAAGUAAUUUAUUUUUACAGCUUCUGGAAUCACAUGAAAUUGUUUGCGCUACUGAGACUGUUAUUACAAACUUUUUAUGACAUGAAAAGGCAUAAUGAAAUAAUGAAAACCAUCCCGUCCUAUUCCUCCUCCUCUCCGAGGAACUGGAGGGAAACCAUGCUUCUGAGGAACAACUCUAAUUAGUACACUUGUGUUUGUAGAUUUACACUUUGUAUAAUGUAUAACAUGGUGUGUUUAUUUUUGUAUUGUCCUGUAGUUGGGAGUAUGAUAUGAAGGAUCAAGAUCCUCAACCCACACUCGUAGGCAAACAUUAGCCCUUUACUCUUUCUCAACCCCUUAUAUAAUUUUUAUAAUUCUCUCUUAACUAAUUUUUUAAGCCUGAGAUCAGUAAGAAUGUUCAGGAGGAAAAAAAGGAAAAAAUGUGUACUCCAUGAUUUAUAUUUACAGAUAUAAUGCUUAAUUUUGCCUAUUACAAAGUCUCACAUUUCACAAGUGAUAGGGCCAAUCCAUGUAUUCCAUUCAGUUGCUAUAGGUCCAGCAACAGCCUGACAUCAUGUGGGCAAUUACAGAUCCCUGUGCUGAAAGACAGCCUGACUCAACUUGACUUCAUUCUUUUUUCCUCCUUAUAGGACUAGCUAUUUGCUAAUUUUGUCAAGCACAGCUGUGGUGGGAAAAGUUAGGGCCAGUGUCUUGAAAAUCAAUCAAGUACUGAGUGUGAUCUCUUUACAGAGCUAUUUCUAGUUCUUUAUAGAGCUGUUUCCAGCUGGAAAAAUACAAGUGUGUGCAGAGCAUACAUUUUUCUGGGUGUAUGCCUGUUGAAGUUACUGAAAUCACUGUAAGUUCACCAUCUGGCACCUCCUUCUCCAAGAAUUAAUCUUGGUUUCUCGCUGCAGUUAAAAUUCACCCCAGUCAUGUCAUUGAAAGUGCCUUUAAUGAGAGAAACAAUCACUGAAUAGAAAUUUGCUUAAGAAACCCUAAGAUAAGUAAAGAGAUUAUUUGAACCACCUUAUAUAAAACCUUAGAACCUCCUGAUGUAAUGGGGUUGUUUUUUCCUUCCUUUUCUGUUUUGGACAGUAGUUAAAAAGCAGUAUUAGUUACAAGCUUGAUUGCAGUGUUCUUAUCUUGUGGGCUGGUUUCCAAAAACAUGCUGCUGACUUUACCAGGGAUCCUCAUACCUCAGAAUGCAAACCACUCACUAUUAGGCCUCCCUGUCCACCAGAGAGCUUGCACUCAGCCUCGAGAGUGGAAAGAACUGCAGAGAGUGCUCUUUGGUUUGAGGACCACUGCUCACCCGUCCUGCCUUUGACCCAUCAUACCCCACUCCCUCAUCCUCUUCUCUUUGUCGCCAAAAAAGGUGUCUUCAUGGAUCAGCAGGUUGCCAAUCCUUAUCAAAACCACCCUCUGUUCCCAACUCUCCUGUUUUAUGUACCAUGAACUAUGUCAGUUUGGUCCCUUUCUUACCAGUGGACUUCUUGAGAAGAAUUAUUGUAUUCUAAGUCUUUAGCCCUCAGGUUACUAAGAUAAAUACAUGUACAUAUAACCUUUAUUAUUUCCUAUAUCUCUCUAGAUAAUACAUUCAGGUGGUGCUGGGUGAUGAUUAUAUCUGAACCUAGAUAUAACCUUUGGUCUUCCGUAAUCCUAUUAGUGUGGGCUGCUUGGUAUGAUAAACAGCCAGGUAUUAAAUAACUUCACCCCAGCCUUUGCAUCGAGCUCUUGAUAGCAAACACACUCUCAAGUUUAGCCCUAAGAUAAGGUAAUGGGCAUUCUCUGCCCUCCAGAUUCCCCCUUUUUAUGUUCAGACCAGCGAUGAUAAUGCCACCAAUCUUGGCUUAGAGAGCAUGUAUCGUGAACUGUGUGGCAAGAGAGCCCUACAGCUCACUAGGUGCACAGAGCCCAGGCCUGAUGUGAAAAUCACCCACUUAGACAGCAAACCAUUAUCUGCUAGGGUGGCAGCUUCUGGAUGCGGAAUACUCAGCAGCAAGCACUGUACUCUCAUCUUCGUGAGCCCCUUGGAGUGCCAUGGGGUGUUUUGGCUUUUUUGGGGGAGGGAGUGGGGAGGGUAAAUCAAGCCUGAAGCAGGUGAGCAGUGGCUGCAUCCCCACAGUAUGUGUUCUAUGAGUGCUAGCUCUCUUGAAUUUGGAUAUUGGUUAUUUUUUAUAGAGUGUAAACCAAGUUUUAUAUUCUAUAAUGCAAACAGGUACCUAUCUGUUUCUAAAUAAAACUGUUUACAUUCAUUGGGAGUAUGUGUGUCUUUCAUUCUCUUAGAAAUGGAACUCACUUAGGAUUAUAGGCUCUAUAAAAUGCCACAGGGCUGGCAGAGAACCUCAAGUGGAAGAGUGCCUGCCUUAGCAAGUGCGAGGCCGAGUUCAAACCCCAUUACUGCAAAAAUAAAAUAUAAUAAAAUGCCACAGAAAAGGAAUUCUUGUAGAAGGUUCACCAUACCUCCUCCCAGCCCCAGAGAAAGUACUGCCUUCUCCCAAAUUAGUUAUUCCUUUCCUCCUAUUUCUAGAGUCUUAUAGCAUCCUUUUACUCAGCUGUAGCCCUUCUCUACUUUCCAGAGGCCAUAUCAUUGAAGAGCAGCCCAGGGCAUUGCAUAAUUACCUGACACCACAUACAUUCCUUGUGUGGUAGAUGUACACACAGUUAUCUUGGUGUUUAUUUCAAGAAGGCUCUUUUGAGGGUGGAAAAAAAAAUGUAAAACUUUCUUAACACUUGGUAUAGGUUGUAAAUGGUAUUAAUACAUGCAAGUUCAUUUUUAAAACAUCAGGGCCAUAAACUAAUGUGCAGCUUACAUCAGAUGUAUUAUUUUAGCCAAAGUAAGCAGAGGCGCACCUAGAAUAUUUCAGUGUGGCACAGGGGCUUACGGACAUGGCUGCCCCAGCCAAAGCUAUAACAACUAUUGGCAGAGAUAGCAUAAGAAAGUUCUCUCACACUCAUAUUUGAGACCUACCAGUAAGUGUUUGGGGUUUGUUUCAUUUUUCUUUCCCAUCUCCCAUCUCUAAGGUGUUUUCUUAAGUUUGUUCUA